AAGAUCAAGUUAACCUAGAAAUAUGAAAUAGCCACACGUGAAUGAUAGCAAAAGAAGAACAGAUAGAGAAGACCACCAUAACAGACAAAAGAAGCAAAGCAAAUUCCAAUCAAAAGCUUGGUUACACUUAGCUUCUUCUUUCUCCUUUGGCUCUGGUUCAUCAUACAACCCAUCUCCACAAAGCUAGUUUUCUUUCAAUAAUUGCUUCUGUAUAGAGAGACAGAGAAUCAGCGAGCAAAGAGAGACGAUAAUCGGGUGAUCAUGACUAAGUUACUGUAUUUUUUACUCACCAUAACGUUGUUUCAGCAAUUAGAAUUUGUUAUUUCUCGACGAGAGCAGGUUAUAACACCACCAUUGCCCGUGUUGCCACUGCCAUCUUAUUCUCAAAUAAAAUGGCAACAAAGAGAGCUCAUAAUGUUCGUCCACUUUGGAGUCAACACAUUCACCGACUCUGAAUGGGGCACUGGGAAAGAAAACCCUGCUAUAUUUAACCCAGUUGGGUUUGAUGCGAACCAGUGGAUCAGUGCAGCCACGGACGCAGGAGUUUCUCUUGUCAUACUAACCGCAAAACACCAUGAUGGAUUUUGCUUGUGGCCUUCAAAAUACACUGACCAUUCUGUCAAACUUAGUCCCUGGAAAAAUGGAACUGGUGACGUGGUGGAAGAGUUUGUAAAUGCUGCUAAAGCUCGUGGAGUCGAUGUGGGAUUGUGUUUAUCACCAUGGGAUCGCCAUGAUCAGAGAUAUGGCAAUGAUUUACAGUAUAACGAAUACUACUUAGCUCAACUGCAAGAGCUACUCGCCAGAUAUGGAAACUUAAGAGAGAUUUGGUUCGAUGGAGCCAAGGGUUCAAAUGCACCAAACAUGUCAUAUUAUUUUUCAGAGUGGUUCGCCAUGGCGAAGGAGUUGCAGAGCUCCAUUAACAUAUUUUCUGAUGCGGGUCCGGAUGUUAGAUGGGUUGGUAAUGAAAACGGGUCUGCUGGAAGCACUUGCUGGUCGACCAUCAAUCGCACCUCUCUUUCAGUCGGGAAUGGAAGCAUUGCUGAUUAUUUAAGCACUGGUGAUCCAGAAGGGACAGACUGGUUGCCGGCUGAAUGCGAUGUUUCAAUCAGAACUGGAUGGUUUUGGCAUAUAUCAGAAUCACCAAAGAAGCUAAGUAAUCUACUUGAAAUAUACUAUAAUUCAGUGGGGCGAAACUGCGUGAUGCUGCUUAAUGUGCCUCCUAAUUCAACCGGGCUAAUCUCUGACAUUGACGUUCAAAGAUUGAGGGAAUUCAGAAAGGCCAUUGACACAAUAUUUUCAGAAAAUUUAGCUGACAAAUGCACCGUUGAAGCCAGCAGCCAAAGGGAAGGCAAAGACGGCGGUUUUGGCCCAGAAAAUGCACUAGACACCGACCAUUUAUGGACAUACUGGGCUCCAGGAGAUGACAAAAAUGAAGAGCACUGGAUUCAAAUCAAUGCUCAAGAUCAAAAGGGGUUGAAAUUUAAUGUGAUCAGAGUAUUGAUUAAAAUUACAUGUUAUUUGUUGCUAAGAAGGAUCUAGUGUGUUUUCUCUCCUUUCUUUUGUAGAAUUUUUGCUAUUAAUAGGAUAAAGAUGUAUGGUUACA